UGAGUGAUUUUGAAAUUUGUCGAAUAAAUGCUUUUCAAGAGUUUUGGCUGUCGAGUUUUAACCUAUGAUAUACAUGAGCCUGUAUACUUAUAGCUGAGCCACAGCUCUACUCUGCGCUUGACAAGGAAGGACAAUCACUUAAGGCACAAUGCUUCUGGCAAUGACUGGAGAGAUUCUAAGCACAACACUUACCACCUCUGGAGCUGCACUGCCAAUGACCUCCCUAACCUUGGAACAAAAAGCAGCCUUUGUAUUAGUCUUCUUCCUAUUUAUUUUCCUUGGGCUUCUCAUAAUUCGCUGCUUCAGAAUUCUCUUGGACCCAUACCGUAGUAUGCCAUCAUCCACAUGGACAGACUAUAUGGAAAAAGACACCUUUGAUUAUCGCUGGGCCUAACUAAUGUCUUUGGAUCUAUGAUCCAUUUCUAGUGAAGAUGCAUUUAAUGAAGACCUUCAGACUUUCACUGGUGGCCUUCGGAGAACCCUUAGAGUUGCUUUUUUUAUCCUUCAAAGCCUAUCUGUGUGUUAUGUUUACAAUAAUCACUUUGGCGCCUACACAUAAGUGCUAGUACACAGAGUGAUGAGACCUACCAAUACAGAAUUAAAGCCUCAUACAAGAUUUCUACAAGAUUAUAAGCCUAAAUCAGUAUUACACUAUGAAUCACAUUACCAAGCGUCAUCUAGUGUAAGUUUGGUGACAUUACAUUUUCAAGUAUCUAUCGAAAAAGUUCUAUAUUUGUGUGAUAAUAUCAUAACAUUACAUUAUUUUACUUAGAAGUUUACAGGACAGUUAAAGAAAUGUGUGCUAUAAAUGCACAUUUUCUAAAAGAUACAAGGUAGAUAAAAUGCAGAAUGACAAGAAUCAAGCAUGGUCUCAAAUGAUUUUCUAAUCUUGGACUCACAGAUAUUUUAUGGUUUUAAGAUAGCAUGUGGUAUUGAUGAGCGGUGAAGAGGCGUGAGUCACUCCAGCUACCAAAUAUGGCUGUCUUAUUGGUUUAUUGUUAGAUUGUGAAGAAUAUGGGAAUACAACAAAUUCUACAUUACUAUGAGGUAUCAACAAGUUUAAGAAAACAAUACAAAUAGAUAGUAAGAUGAAAGGUCAUCUGUAGCCAGAUUACAAAUACUCUCAAAAUCAUGCUUUUGGAUAAUCAUUGUUUGUACCUUGUGUUGAGUGGUUCAUUUUUAAAAUGUGAAUUUAUUUAACUACUAAAAGAAAAUCAUCAACAGGUUACUGUAACUUGAAGCACAUUUAAAAGACAGACUGACUGAUGUCCAUGCCUCAAAAUGUAAAAUUCAGAUCAAAUGUAUGUAUAGACAGUUACACCACUAAACUGAGGAAUAAGCCAGAUAUAACAAGCACACGACAUUUUAAGACAAUUCAAACAGUUAUUUCUUUUUGGCAAAACAGACUGAUAACAGGUGUUCACUUUUGUAUAGUUAAUUAACCAAGGCCUAGUCUCCACUAUUUCCAUUAAAGUCUAUGGAGAUUUUUUUAUGUUACCACCAGUUUCCAAACAUUACCACAUCAAUAAAAACUAGGCCUGAGUCGUCUAUCAGAAUUAGUAAGUCACUAUUGCCAAAACAAUGCAACUGCAAAGAACAAAAAAAAGGAGUUGCUGUGGGGGGGGGGGAACUUUUGCCUGGAAACACAAUAUUUUUGGGGAUUAUUAACCCCGUAAAGCACAUGAUUAUAAGGGCUUUGUAAGACUGUAAAGUGCUCCUGAGGGUUUAGAAGCAAAACAGUAAUUGUUAUUGAUUGGAGGAAAGCACAUUAUGCUUGCUGUGCACUACAAACUGCUAAAUUGUUUACUGCUAUUCAUUUGAUGUCUUAAAGCAUAAUUAAAUAAAAAAAAGUGUAACAAUCUUCAGAGCUUUA